AUGCAGAGUGGAAAGAUGGGGCAUCCAGUGGACUCCAGUACAUGGAAGUUUCUUGACAACAAGUAUAAGGAUUUUUCAGCAGAGUCUCGCAAUGUUCGAUUGGGUCUAGCUACAGAUGGGUUUAACCCCUUUGGCACUCUCAGCACGUCGUACAGUUCCUGGCCUGUUAUGUGUGUGACGUAUAACCUUCCACCAAAGUUAUGUAUGAAACCGCAGUUUACUAUGCUCACUUUGCUUAUUGAGGGACCACGACAGCCCGGGAAGGAUAUCGAUGUUUAUUUGGAGCCAUUGAUUGAUGAGUUACAAGACUUGUGGCGGAAAGGGAUCAUGACAUUUGACGCAUACCAUGGAAACAUGUUCAACAUGCGUGCCAUCUUACGGUGGUUGCCUCUAAACGAUAAAGCCAGAAAAGAUACAAGUGCAGGAACCUUCAAUAAGAAGGGGGAGUUGCGACCACAACCGAUUCGUCUGACUGGGGUUGAGGUGGAAAGCAUCGUUUCGAAACUAAAUGUGCAGUGGGGCAAGAUCGGAAAGAGGAAACAAAGUGGUACAGGAGGACGGGAACAAAAUGAUGAUGCAGAAUCAACAUGCUUCUUAAAGCGAUCCAUAUUAUACGAUCUGGAGUACUGGAAGGAUAUUCCCGUACGCCAUAACCUUGAUGUUAUGCACAUUGAGAAGAAUGUAUGUGAAAUCCUUAUUGCACUAAUGUUGAACACAACGGGCAAAACCAAGGAUGACGCUAACGCACGCAGAGACUUGAAGCGGCUAGGAAUUAAGAAGCGUUUAUGGUUAGAAAAUACUGAUGGCAAAGUGAUUCAAAAACGAGGUCCUUUCUUCCUUCGAAAAGAAGAAAAAAAACAUUUCAUCCAGACUUUACGUGAGCUUCGUGUUCCGGUUGGUUUUAGUGGGAAUUGGAAGAACAUCGUAAAGGAAGAUAGGGUUGAUUUAAAGGGAAUGAAGUCUCAUGAUUACCACGUAUUGAUGCAACAUCUGCUUCCAAUUUUGAUCCAACAUGCAUUCAAGGAUAAUAAGCCUAUGCGCACUAUAAUUAGAAGCUUCAGUACAUUUUUCAAUGCCCUAUGCUCGCGAAUCAUAGAUAUUGAAAUGUUAAUGGCUCUCGAGAAGGGCAUGGCUAGGACUUUAUGUGAGCUCGAGAUUACAUGUCCUCCUUCAAUUUUUGUUGUGAUGAUGCAUCUGCCUAUCCACUUGGCUUACGAGGCUCGCGUAUGUGGUCCUGUUUACUAUCGAUGGAUGUAUCCAUUCGAAAGGUUCAUGAAGACGUUUAAGGCGUACGUCCGCAAUAUGACACGACCUGAAGGUUGUAUAGCAGAACGAUACAUUCAAGAGGAGACACUUAUAUACUGCAACCAGUAUAGAGGGAAAAAUAACACGAGCCUCUUGGAGAAAUUGGAAAAGCGGUUAGACGGAUCAAUUUCAUUCAUGCCGAAGUUACAAGAUAUUGUUGACGACUUCGAUGUUGACGUGGUUGGCCCAGUUGGCCCUGGUCAAAGUGUCGUUUUAGAAGGUAUUGAGUACGAACAGGCUCGCACCUGGGUACUGAAGAGUCAUCCUAACUAUGAGACAUGGCAAGGGAGAUAUGCAAAUUUCUUAAAGCAACGCAAUAUAGUUGUUGGGACUAGGACUAAGGUGGCGAGUGAUGAUGAGUUCAUACCUUGGUUGAAGAAACAGCUAGACUUGAGUGAAUCAAGUAAUGAAGUCUUCAGAGAUAUAGUUAGGGGACCAAAGGCUUUUGCGAUGCAGUACAAUAAAUAUUGUAUCAAUGGUUUCCUCUUCGUCACCAAGGAAUACGAAGAGAAUAAAAUGAACCAGAAUAGCGGUGUUAGCACAGAGAGUAUGACCACCUUCCGAUCUAGUGCUAAGGAUAAGAAUCCAGUGGAUGAAUCUGUACCUUAUUACGGAGUCCUCCGCAAAAUCAUCCAACUAGAGUACCGAGAAGGGUACAAGCCAGUUCUACUAAAGUGCGAUUGGGUGAAGGUGACGCACCAAGGUGUUUCUUUCGAUGCGGUAGGGAAUUUGAGACUGGUGAAUUUGUCUAAUCUUCUCAGUUCAGACCAAGUGGGUGAUGAGCCAUUUAUUCUUGCGGAGCAUGCCGUGCAAGUUUUUUAUUCUAGAGAUCCAAAACAUCCUAAUUGGCAUGUGGUCUUGGAGGUUCCAAGAAAGAUUUUCGUUGAAGAUGAGACAAGCAUUUUAUCAGAAACACGGGUUGUAACUGAGGCUGAAGUAGGACCUGAUCUCAUCGAAGUAGACAUGGGUGGCGAGUUGUUAUUCAAUGACAGUGAAGAUAUUUGUGUGGUUGUUGAAAAGAAAAAGAAAAGAAAGAGAGCAGGGAAAAAAUCCUGA